CCCAGCGGCCCCGCCCCAGAGCUGCUGUGCCAUGGCCCUGCCAUCCCCGCGGCCCAGCCUGGUGACGGGCUCUCUCCUCCAGUGUGCAAGAAGCAUGGGAAGCUCCUCGGUUUCCUUCGCACCUUCAUGAAGUCGCGGCCCAGCAAGCAGCGGCUGAAGCAGCGCGGGAUCCUGCGCGAACGCGUCUUCGGCUGUGACCUGGGGGAGCAUCUCCUGAACUCAGGCCAUGAUGGUGAGCUCCCGCUUCCCCAGGUUAACACCCGACCCCACAACCCGCUGCUCAGCUACCAGCUCCUGCAUUCCCUGCCCGCAACCUCUGGCCUUAGCCCUUCUGGGACCUGCAUGCCCCUUAAUGCCCCUUUUGCCCCGCAGGAGGCUGUGGCGGUGCCCAGUGAGGAGGGGAGCCUGGUGCGGGUACACGAUGUCAUCCAGCAGCUGCCUCCACCCCACUACAGGCUAGCUGUGUGCGUGACUAUGUGCCUGGCUGCUGGAGGCUUCUCCCUUAGCGGGCCUGGUGGGAGGCCUGGUAACCCAACCUCUCUCCUGCUCGCUGCAGGGCUCCGGGCUGACACGGUCACACUGCGAUCCGCCAAGAGCGAGGAGUCACUCACGUCCCAGUCCAGCACCGCAGGUCCUGAGCCGGAGACUCCCGCCCUGCUGCCCGGGGCACUGUCCCUGUUCCGGCACGUGCCUCCCCCACCGCCCCCGAAGAACCCGGCCCGGCUGAUGGCGCUGGCGCUGGCAGAGAGUGCACACCAGGCCGCGCGGCAGCAGCAGGGGGCACUGCGCAGGGAGCAACGCACCCAGUUCCGGCGCUGACUGUCCCUGGAAGGCGGGGGGGAGGGGCCAGCAGGGGCCCCGGGGGCCCUGUAUUCUGUGGUGCGCCCCAGCCCCGCUGCCCAGCCCCCCGGGCCCUCUCUGCAGCGCCAGCAAAGCGAGAGGGGACCCCAGGGCCAACACCGGGAGCGGGCAGGGGGCCCCCAGGUGAGUGGAGUAGGGAGUGCUGGGCAGGGGGAGUUAGGGGCUGGGCGUGGGGAUCUGUGGCUAGGUUGGGGAAGGGGGGUUGCCAGCUCAUACACGAGGUUGGGGGGCUAGGAGCAGGGCAGCAAGGUGAUGAGGUAUGUGGGGCAGGAAAGGAGACUUGGGGGCAGUGCGGAGAGGAGGGGCAAAUGGGUGGUCAGGUUGGGAUGGAGAAUGUGGGGAGAUUGGGCAUUUGUAGGUGGAUGGGAGGCUGGGGGCAGCAACAGUUUGGAGACUGGCUGGGUGCUUUGGCGGGGUCAG